AUGCCAAACAGAGGCGACAGGGCCCCGUCGGGCCCAUGGGGCAGGCUCAAGCCCGUCGAGCAAGAUGUCCUGGAAAGCAUGGGCUUGCCCUCCAAGGGAGACAGCCGCCUGCUCGAUCUCAAGACGCAGGAAAGGUACUACACAAAGAUUGUCGAGCGCUACAUGACCUUUUGCUCCGAUGCCGGCCGCCGCGAUGAGUUGCUGCGCCGCUUCUCCUCCCUUGAAAUUGCCAGCGAUUCAGGGCCCCCUUCCUCGUCAGCACCGCCGCCGGCUGAGCACUUGGCCAGCCCGUCUGUCGAGGCUCUCCAGAGCCCGGCAAACUCCAAGGCGCUCUCGGACGUCAUAGCGGCACUUCGCAAGCUUAGGGAGGGUGUCGUGGCAUCGAAGCGGGCCGACGACUUCGCCGUCCAGGCCUAUCUCUUUUGCAUCCGCCUGUCCGUCCUAGUCAAGCAGCCCGAGUCAUACCACCCAGCCAUCCUCCAUCUGCUGCAGACGAUACACCCGCGCCAGCCGCUAACCUCGGUCGAGUUCCAGGAGGUGGUUGGCUAUCUUGUCCUCGACACGGCCUGCCGGCGGCGUCAGCUCGCCGAGGCCUUUGUGCUGCGGCGACAAUACGGCCUCCGGGAUGCCAAGGUCGGCGCCGUUCUGGCAGCGCUUGUUCAUGACAACUGUGUUGCCUUUGGCCGUGUGAAGAGGGCCGUCGACGGCCACAAGGCCCGCAUUAUGGAAUGGGCCGAGGCGGACCUGAGGAUACACGCGCUCAAGUGCAUCGGCAAGACAUACAUGGAGGUCGAGGUCGACUUCCUGGAGCGCAUGACCGGGUCGACGUGGGACGAGCUCAAGAAGAACGAUGGCGUUGGCUGGGAGCUCGACCGCGCAAGAGUCACCAUCCGCAAGCCCAAGGAUCGUCGUUGA